AUGUUGCGCGCGGCCCUUCUCUUCACCUUCCUUCUACUGAUUAUUGCCCUUCCCAUCUUCGAAUCUUCAAGGUUUGCUUUGUUUUGUCUGAUGCGAUAUCCAAAAUCUUGGAAAAAGUUUACCGUUACUCAAAAACCUCAAAAGUGUGUGUAAUCCGCAAACGUGGUGAGAAAAAAAGCAGACGAACGAGAAAAUAAAAAUUUUCGAAUUUUGAAAUCUUCAAAAUUUCUCAUCUUUCGCAAAGUUUUUGCAUUUCAUAGGAAAACUCAUUGGGGGCGUUUUUAGCCACCGAUCGAAAUUUCAAUGAAACUAUGCAGAAGUACACUACAAACCCUUCCAAUUUCAGGACCAAAAAAAUUUCUCGUAGUAAAUAUGUAUUUCGAGUUAAGACGCAAGCUUGAAAUAGCGUUUUUUGUCAUAAUUAGAGUAUUUUGCAAAAUUUGAAGCUUCUUGAAUAGGAAACAAUACCUGAAAAAUCUUAUUUUUUCUUUUCAAAAAAACCUGAUAAUGAAAAAAAAUUUUUUUUUUCAAUCAGUGUUUUUAAAUUGACAAAGUGUGAGUAAUUUCUCAAAAUUUCUCAGGAUUCAGUUCAUGAAAAAAAUUUGCGACCCAAUGCUCUGAACGUUAUUGAGUUUAGAUUAUGAUUAAUUUUUUUACAUCUUCAAUAGAAACAAAUUGAAUACAUUUUUUUGAAAAACUUUUUUUCAUUCUCCGUUAAAACAAUACCUGAAAAAAAUCUUAUUUUUUUUCUUUUCAUACUCCGUAAAAAAAGUUUUCUGUAAGAAUCAGCUCUAAUUGGUAUGUUUAUCCAUUCAUUAUUUUAUAUAUGAAAAAAAUGUAGCUAGGGGUUAAUCAUUGAUAAUUUUAUCAUAAGCUCUUGCAAAAAAAAAUGUUUGAGUAGCUUUUUCUCUGAAAAGCUGAUAAAUAGCAAAGGUUGGAGAUGAAAGUUUGUACGAUUUUAAAAAAACUAGGAAAAUUUUCUGCAGCGUUUCUCUGCGAAAUAGGAAAAAAAGAAUCUAUUUUGGUAACUCUUAUCAAUUGUUAAACUGAACUGUGAAUAUCAAACUUCCGGAUGAUCGUUUAUCAUUAUUACUAUGAAUUUCAUCAUGAGCAAAUCAUUCAAAUAUAAUUUGAUUAAAUUCAUGAAUCCUGUGGGGAUUGAGCAUGUUUUCUAAAACAUUCUUUUAAUUUGCAGGGUCCGACGUCAAUAUUACUGGAAUGGAUAUCCAACUUCGAACGGAUGGAAUAAUUAUCAACAGUACGAUAGCUGGGGGCGUCCAAUUAAUUUGAAUUAUCAGGUGAGUAAUAUUUUCAAAAAAUUUCUUCCUGAUGAGCUGUCCGACAAAUAGAUUAGAAUUUGCUGGACUUUUUGGGCAAUUUUUUUUGCAUGAGAAAACGUCUAUUGAGCAGUAAAGAAAUGAGUAAUAGGGAGGUUUGAAAACUUGAAAAAAAAACAAAUUUUUCUCAAUCUUUUUCACAAGCUAUCAAGAUAAGUAAUCAUCGUAAUCGAUACUCGAACUCAAAAAAAGUAAAAAAAAGUUUUCUUAAAUAUCUUAAAAAUUCUAAGAUUUUCGAACUAUUAUCAGAUUCAUGACAAACCUUAGUUGCUGUACCUGGAAAAACUUCAAACCUGUUCUAAGUUAUGCAAAAGUAAAGUUCACAAACAAUAGUAAUCUAUUGUCGACAUUUAGAGCAUUUUUUCCCCUUUCUUUUUCACCUGCGAAGUUAUUUUUUUCAGGAUUACUACGUCAAUGUUCAUCAGCAACAACAAUUUUCCCGCUAUCCGUCCUAUUCUCAGGACCAGGUGUAUGGGAACGGAUAUCGUACCGGCGGAUACGGAGCACCCAUUUCUCAAUGGUCCUACGCCGCCUCCGCAGACUCUUACGCAGCCCCUCCAGUGGUCACUUCCACGCAAAGGAGCUCAUACGGGAUUCCUCCGGUAGUUAUUGAAAGAACCAACUACUACGUUGGUAUUCCAUCUCGUCCUCAAACCACUACUACUUAUCCUCAUGUUGAAGAAACAACUACAACUGCUCUGACUUCGACCGCAGUCUCGCCCUUUGAUGGGAUUGUAGAUGAGAUAACCGAAUCUGAAACACCUCAAACCAGCACAGUUUCAUCACCUUUUGAAGGGAUUGUUGAUGAAACAAUUUCAAGUGAAAAACCAGAGAUUUCAACGACAGCUCAACCGGAAAUUGAAGUUUUGUUGGCCACUCAAUUUAAAAUCAAUCCCAUGAAUCGCGAAUCGGAGGAGCAGGAAUCGUCUGAAAGCUUUUUGCGUAGGAGCACAUCCACUCAGACGACGACCACAUUCCAUCCGACAGAAAUAGACACGAAGAAGAAUCAAAAGAACACAGAAAUUUUGAGCUUUAG